UAAUACCUCAUUUUCAGCUUGACUUCCUCCUUGUUAUGCUUCUGUGUCUAUUCUUCUUGCUGGGUUGCUUCCUUUUGGUAAACCUUUAAAGGGGAAGUGGUGAAUUCACAUGGAGCGCCGCGCGCGGUGCUUUGAGCGCGUCCGAAGGCUGCGACAAAUAUGAAGCCGAGCCUGUCCCCGAGCCUCUGGCCCCUACUGACGCUCAUCACAGUUUUGAAGGCUGAAAUCCGUACGUUGCCCAAGGUGUGGGGAUAUGUGGGGCAAGAAGUCAUCUUGCCCUGUGAGUUAAUCGGUCAAAAUAAGGAAAAUGUUACUCUUGUCCAGUGGGAACUACCGCAAUCUGGAGAUAACAGCAACAAAAUCGUGCAUAAUGUAGAGCAUCAGCAGACAAAUAUACCUGAUCCAUACAAGGACAGAACUGACCUGAAAGACUAUUCCCUGGUCAUCAAAAACCUGGAGGCUGGAGAUGCAGGAGAAUACAUCUGUUCUAUGACAACAUUUCCUGGUGGUUCCCAUCCUGGGAGUAGAACCACACUAGUCGUAAAUAAGCAGAUGCCGUUGUCAGCGGGGGUGGUCUCUUCUAUAGUGAUCAGCGUCAUACUGCUGUUAGGGAUCAUUGCUGCCACAGUGUACUUCACUGUCAUCAGACGACGUGCACCUUCUUCAAGGAACCACAUCUUCAUCGAUACUCAGAAUGCUGUCUGGGAUCCAUCCAAACCAUCUCUUAUAAAAAGAGAAGAGGUGGUCUAUGCUGCUGUGAAGCUGCAGUCCCCCAAUCACAGCCGAGUAAAAUCUUCAGAUGAUUAUGUGACAUAUUCAGAGGUCAACAUGGUCAGAGCAAGACGAGAUGAGGAAUUGUACGAACAAGUCAUGGAAAUCUAGUAAGGAAAAAAAAUUGCGUGAAUGAAACUCACUUAAUCAAACAAAUACACACAUACUACAUAUUUCUGUUCUCUUAAAAAGAAAACACAGGAUGUGUUAUUGUUUUUAAACUCCAUACACAUUCAGUAGAAUCAUUUGGAUCAUUUCAGCCCUGGAAUUACCCAUCUCUAAACAAAAGGUAAAAUAUAGCUGUUAAUUUGAAAACUGUCACUUCAUGAUAAGGUAGAACAGAUCACUUUGAGUUUUGGCGAUGUAGACAGACUAAUAAUAAAGAAUUACUCAAACAUGUGUGAAUGAAACAAAACACAACUCUAGGUAUGUUUUUGAAGAGGUAACAACAUUAUAACAUGGUUUACAGCUCACAAGAGUCAAACUAAUGCAGUCCACCAUCAUAUUGCCUUGUAUUUCAGUCUCUGUAAUGGCAAAUCAUACACCACUCAAUGACUCAUUCAUUUUUGUUCCAGUCUGUAAUUGAAAUGUUCCAGCUUCAGCCAACAAUGGCUCCUUUAUGUAUACUUUAUGUAUAUUUAUGUGAUGCUGAAUUAGUUUGGAAGCUUUUAAAAUUUAUUUUCUGAAAGACUAGCCUACAUGACACAAUAUAAAAAACAAUGCAGUUUGAUUGGUGGCAAUGGGAAGAAUACUUAUACAGAAUACUGAAUACCUGCAUUAAAAUGCAUUUUGUAACAAAUCAGAAUACUAUAUUUUAAAUACUUACAAAAGUUCUACAUGAAGUUGCAUCGCAAUGUAAUAUUAACAGUGUUAUAUUUGUUUGGCUGUAUUUUCUUUUAUAUUUGUUAAGCUGUGUUGUUUAGUCUGCAUUUUAGAGAAGUAACAACUUUUGAAUGUCAGCAAAUGAAAGAGUAGCUGUACCAGAAUACAGUUGCUUAAAACUGAAUGUCUGCAGACAGUUUGUGGUUGUUGGUUGCGCUUGUUUUUUCCACUUCUAAAAUCUGUUAAUCACACUCAUCUGCAUGUGUCUGGUUUUGUGUUGGUGUUGUAUUGAAGUGUAUCACCUCUGAAGUGCUGUUUUGUACAGUUUGAUCAGGUUGAUAUAAAGUUUGUGUUACUUUCUGUUUUGUACAGUUAAAAUAUAUAAUGUCGCCUGCUGUGCUGGGCCCAUUUGGUAAAAGCCAGUUGAAGACCUUUUUUGAGAAUGUGAGAUGGUUAAUGGGAUGAGAUUAAAAACUCACUAAAAAGGUCUGGCGUACGUUUUGUUUAUAAAUAUAUGUGUGCAUAUUGUAUUUCUUUGUAAAGGGCCUAUUUUACAUUAUUUUCUGAUCUAUGUUAUUAUAUUGUUUCCUUGUCAAAAACAUACCUGGAUGUGGUGGUGUUUUGUUUCAUUCACACAUUCUCUCACUCUGUUCCACCUUGUGAUGUCAUGUGGUAAUACAGGAAUUGCUCCACUGUGUUUUUAAACUCCAUACAUCUUCACUAGAAUCUUUUGGGUGAAUUCAGCCCUGGAAUUGCCCAUCUACUGAACUAAAGGUAAAAGCAGCUGUUAACAUGAAAACUACCACUACAUUACAUUUUGAGCUUUAGAGAUGUUGACAGACUAAUAAAGGAUUACUUAAACAUGUGUGAAUGACAUAAAAAACAACUCCACUCCCCUCUUUAAGCAGGUGAACAUCUUAAUCAAUGUAAAUAUUUUCACAGAUACUGUCACAACAGGCAAUUUGUUUUUGAAAUCAGUGUUUGAAUGUCUGCAAAACACAUGAUUUAUUUUGUAUCAAUGUG